GUGUUUACCUCGAACGUCUGUAAACCGCAGUAACCACCGGUAACCACAUUCAAAUCUAACAAUUACUCGUCAAACGCUCAUUAACCACCCUAACCACUAAUAGUAAACAAGUUGGCGCGAAGUAGUGUUAGUGUCUGUUAGGCAGGCUCUUGUACGUAAUCAUCGGUAAUCAUGGAGGUAGAGACGAAAAGUGGGAACGCAGGGCAGGAGGCAACUAAAAAGGAAGAAGCAUUUACCCAUUUAGCUCAAGGAAAAAGGCACUUGUUGGUUAAGGAUUACAGCGAGGCCGUGGCAUCCUUUGCGUCAGCUUGUCAACUUUUGUCACAGUUAUAUGGUGAACUUGCAAACGAAUGCGGAGAAGCCUAUUUUAAUUAUGGUAUAGCAUUAUUAGAACUUGCCAGAACUGAAAGUGAUGUUUUGGGAAUUGAAGGUGAAGGUGAAGAGAGCCAGGAUAGCGAUGGGGACGAUGAGGGUGAAGAUGAGAAGGAAGAAGAAAACACAGCAGACGGUGAGAUAAAUCACGUAGAAAAUGGAAAAGGCAAUGAACAUGGGUCAAAUGAAAAAGAAAAGAAUGCCACAGAAGCCGAGCCCAAAAAUAUAAAUGAAAGAAAUGGUACAAAGGACAGCAAAGGUGAAGGAAAAGAUAAUUCAACAGAAAAUGUGGAAGAUGAAGAUGAUAUAAGUAAUUUGCGCUUGGCUUGGGAAAUGCUAGAAUUGGCAAAAGUCAUAUUUAGAAGGCAGGCUGAAGGAAAUAAGCAAAUUAAUUUAAAACUAGCAGAGGUGCAUCUAAAACUGGGGGAAGUUGGUUUAGAAUCUGAGACCUAUGUACAGGCAAUAGAAGAUAUGAAAAUUUGCUUAGAAAUUCGAACACAAAACUUGGACAAGCAUGACAGGAGCAUAGCAGAGACACAUUAUCAGCUUGGCAUGGCUUACUCAUUAGUUAGUGAUUUUGAUGAGGCCAUUGGUCAGUUGACUCUAGCUCACAUGUUACUAGAAAAGAGAAUUGAAUAUCUUCAGGAAAAAGGGAAACAGAGUUCUGCAAAUUCAGAAGAAAAUGAAAAUCCAUUCUAUACGAUUGAAGGUGAAAUUACAGAAAUCACUGCACUGUUACCAGAAGUAAAAGAGAAGAUAAAUGAUACAAAAGACUUAAAAGAGAAAACAAAGACUGCUCUGAUGGCAGGGCUUGAUGCUAAAAAAGAGAUUGCAGCAAGCUCUGAAAGUGAGCAAGGGGCAAGUUCAGGAUCUUCAGGAGCAUUCAUAGUCUCAUUACAGCCAGAAUCUGAUUCCAAGCCAGUGUCUGACAUAUCACACCUGGUGCGCAAGAAACGUAAGCUGGAACCAAAUUCAUCUGAAGAAAAGUGUUCAAAACAUCCAUGUCCUGAAGGGUCUAAGCUGGAAUGAAGUAACGAUCAUAGCAAUGCACAUUUUCAGACCAAAUUGUUAACUUUGUAUUCUGCUUAAAUAUCAGUCCAGUGAAUGAUCAUCAAACUGCAACUGUGUGACAAGUUGCCUUGAGUCCGCAGUGAACAGAGAAUUUUUCAUUUGGACCACGGAUGGCAUCAUUGUUCUAAAUGAUGGUUUCUGUAUCUACAAAUACCCGAGCGAAUUAUAAAAUGGAAUAAGAAUGUGUGUGGUGAAAGAAAUGAAAAUGUGUUCAUUCUCUGUUGUAAUUUAUAAACAAUAUAAAAGAGGUUUAGAAUAGUUUAAGAAUCUUUGUUCUACAGUGAAUUGCAUUAAUUUUGGAUAAGGAAGUACUGAAUGUCUCAUCUGAAGUGAAAUUUUUCACUCUAUAUUGGUAGAAAAUAAUGUGGUCAGCAUAUUUAUAACAGUAAAACUACAUGAAUGCAGUUGCAUAUUGUUCAUAUAAUAGGAUAAUGCAGUGAAGGAAAUGUUAGUACUAUAUGAAUUAUCUUCUUUAAUGUUACAGCAUUCACUGUUUUGAACAAUAAAUUAAUGUUAUCACCAGAAUCCUCUGAUUCAAAUGUGAAUAUUUAUUACUGCAGUCUUUACUCAUGUUAUUAUCAAAUAUGAGAACAGAAUAUAUAUAAGGCCAAUGUCAUA